GCGCCGCGCGCUCACAGCCUCACACCCACCAUCCUCCGUGCAGACAGACGGACACAGGCGGUGGAGAUGGAGCUGGUGUAGGCGCAGGACUUCGCCAUAUGGACUGGAUGCAGUGACGGACGCUUCGGAUCCGACAGCGACUCAGAGAGAAGAUGUGGAGAUACACGAACCUGUUGGCCUGCCUGUUGGUGUUGUGCCAGGAUGCGUCUUCACAGAGCAAGAUCUUUGGGGAGACCGAGCCCGUCCGGAUGACUUCAGAAGGCUCCGACUGCCGCUGUAAGUGCAUCAUGCGCCCCCUGAGCAAGGACGCCUGCCUGCGGCUGCGAAGUGGCAGUGUACGUGUGGAGGACUUCUACACCGUGGAGACGGUCAGCUCCGGGUCCGACUGCAAGUGCUCGUGCACGGCCCCGCCGUCCUCCCUCAACCCCUGUGAGAACGAGUGGAAGAUGGAGAAGCUGAAGAAACAGGCCCCUGAGUUACUAAAGCUCCAAUCGAUGGUGGACCUCCUCGAGGGAACCCUCUACAGCAUGGAUCUGAUGAAGGUCCACUCCUACAUCAACAAGGUGGUGUCGCAGAUGAACAACCUGGAAGAGACAAUCAAGACAAACCUUACACGGGAUAAUGAAUUUGUCCGGGACAGCAUGGUGAGCCUCACCAACCAGUUCAAGAGAUAUGAGAACUACUCCAACAUUAUGAUGAGCAUCAAGAAGGAGAUCUCCAGCCUCAGUCUGCAGCUGCUGCAGAAAGACUCAGCUGAGAGCAAAGUACAGGACACCACUGGUGAGAAAACCAAGGUGGACGUAAAAGCACCCAACAAAAAGACCCCUGCGGCCAAACCCCCUCUGAAACCACCCAAAGAAAAGGUCGUAAAGCCGAAGAAAGAGGUCAUUAAAGCUGGGAAGCUGGUCAAGCCCGACCCUACGGCCAAAGCCAAGGCGGUUGGCCACCAGCCCGGUGUGGUGAGGGGCAUCACAUACUACAAGGCGGCCAAGACCAGCAUCGAGCACGGAGAAGACCACCCUGCCAAAACAUACACAGUCCACCACGUCACAGAAAGCCAAUCUGAGGACGGAGGAGCUGAAAUGAUCCUGGACACCAUGGAGGCCAAGGAGGCCGAAGCCAUCGCCACCACUAUGGCCACCGCCGACAUCACCACCACCCCAACUACGACCACCACCACUACAACAACCACCACUGUGGCCACACAGAGCACACCAGCUUCUGAAAGACCCGCUCCGACCAUAGUGCUGCUGCUGGACAAUUCCAAUAACAACAGUCGGCCCACUCUCCACAGAGCAGGGAAGAUCCUGAACUGUGAAGGGACGCUAGCUUCCAUCGAGCAGCCGGAGAAGCAGCACAGUUACGGACGUAACGAGGGGGCCUGGAUGAAGGACCCCCUGGCUAAAGACAACAAGAUCUAUGUCACCAACUAUUACUAUGGCAACAACCUGGUGGAGUUUCGCAACCUGGAAAACUUCAAACAAGGCCGCUGGAGCAACCUUUUCAAGCUGCCGUAUAACUGGAUAGGAACAGGCCAUGUCGUUUAUAACGGAGCCUUCUACUACAACAGAGCCUUCACCAAGAACAUCAUCAAGUAUGAUCUGAGGAUGCGAUACGUGGCGGCCUGGACACUGCUGCAUGACGUGGUUUACGAGGACACCACCCCCUGGAAAUGGAGGGGCCACUCAGACAUUGACUUUGCAGUGGAUGAAAGCGGCCUGUGGGUAAUCUAUCCUUCCAUGGACUAUGACUACAACCAGCAAGAGAUGAUUGUCAUCAGUAAACUGGAUCCCGGAGACCUGUCCUUGAAAAAGGAAACAACCUGGAGGACAGGUCUCAAGAGGAACUCUUAUGGGAACUGCUUCAUCAUCUGUGGGGUCUUGUACGUCGUCAAUGUGUACAACCAGAAAGAAGGGGAGGUGAGCUAUGCUUACGACACCCACACCAACAGUGAUGCCAUCCCACGCCUGCCCUUCACCAACGAGUACUCCUUCACCACCCAGAUUGACUACAACCCCAAGGAGAAGGUUCUGUAUGCCUGGGACAAUGGCCAUCAGCUGACCUAUCAGGUAAACUUUGUCGACCAGUGAGCACAGCUAGUUUGUGCUACAGAUAAGCUCACAGUAGGUUUGCCAGUGUGGCGCCUAUACAGAAAAAAGGAGCUCAGCAUUUGACCGCCUAGAAGCCGGCAUAUCGCACUAAACAGGACAAAGGAUGAAUCUACACCAGCCCUCCACUACCAAUGCAUGCUAUUCAAACAACUGACCUCAGAGUACCAAACAUACAUGCCUCAAAUAUGUAGUGGGAUGUGUUUGUACAAUAUGUCAAUAGAAUGUGAUGAAGACAGUGGAAAUAAUCUAUUGGGUUGAGUUAAAGCUCUUUGGGGAAAGGAAAGAGUCUAUAAUCAUGAAGAUUUCUCAUAUCUUCAUUUAUGAAAUGUCAGCAGGCUGGCUACAAAAGAUAGAUGAGUGUAAGGGACACGUUGAAGCUUGCAUUUCUGAUUUAUCACUAGUUGUCUGUAGUUUCUGUGGCCUGAAAACUCAGAUUUGGGCAGAGGCCCUUGGCUGAGUGACAAAGGGUUAUGUAAAUCAAGCAGAAAUUACCAAAUAAAUGUAUCAAUAUCCUUCGAUGGAUUGCGUCAGGAAUAUAAAACAUUCAGUUUAUGGCUACGCAUCGGGAGAAAGUCCUCUUGGAUGCUGCAAUUAUUCCGCCUGUUGUUCCGCUUCAUGCUAGCUUCGGCCAAACUUAAGAAUGAAGGUUCACAAACCUCUAAAGACAAGAAGAAUGAUUACAGCAGAAUGAACAGUAAAUUAAAUAAGCCAAUGAUACCCAACCAUGACACCUUGACAACUAAAACCCUCUUGGGAGUCCUAACGUGUUUUACCAUCUACUUUUAACACUUUGAGUGAUUGGUUACCUAUUGUCCCUUUUAGUGACCAAAAGCUAUUCGAUCAUCAUUGUGGCUGUCUAGGUAUAUAAUGGCUGGCUAGCAGUUAGCCAUUAGCUAGCCUACUACAGUAGAACAUCCACUAUGCAUGCACACAGUCACUGCGUCACCAAACCUUUAGCACCGGCCUUUUUGUGAGGAUGCGUUGAUGAACGUUACCGUGCCGCGUCUGGGUGUGAUGGGCCUGAACGAAGGGGUCAGAUUAUUAUGGCCUCUCUGUUCACAAGUAGGAAUGAGUCAGUGGUGAAGUAGAAUGAAUUAAUCAGUGGAUGUUGAUCAGCCGAGUUCUCCAUCUGCAUUAUCUGUAACAGAGGAAAAGCAGCAUGACACGUUUGCAUUUACCGGCACUUUUCUUCCAUGGUUAUUGACUGACCUUCUGAGUUUUAACAUAAAUUUGCCAAACAGGCCAAUGUAUUAGAUAUUGCAGCUUGGCUAGAUUUAGUGACCACCAUCUCCAAAUGGCAUCGCUCCUCUUGCACCUCAUCGAGCUUCAAACUAUUUAACAAAGCAGGUACUGAUUGGUUCUGACCCCUGGUGAUUAACUCAACCACGGAGAUUAUUUCUGCCUCCAGAGAAGUUCUGCUUUUGAAAAAUGCUCGUUUCACCUGCCCAUCUGCUCCAUCCCAUGUAUUAUUCAGGCCUCGUGAUGCUUCCUGUCUGUACCGUGGCUAUCGCUUCGAGGAAUGUGUUGAAUAUGAACUCCAAAAAAACAAUGUACACAACUUUCUUAGCUUAAGACUUUUUAUAUUUACAUGAAUUCAUUUGUUAAUAAAUAUCAUACAACUGUUUGUCCAGGUUCCAUCCAUCGUGUUACAUUUCUAUGUUGAUAAAAGUAUGCAACUUUUGUUAAUUACAUUUGCAUAACACUAAAUUUGUUGUAAUUGUAAAAGUUUAAACAUUUUCACCUCAAUGUAAGUUAAGAACCGUGAUCAGACAUGCUCAUAUGAAAGGUGAACUGUACCAUCUGCAACACUGGACACCAUGAACAUGAACAUUGUACUGUUGUCAGUGAUAGACAUAGUGGGGAUGGUAAACAUUAAGACACAAGAUAAUUAUUACAGCUACUUCAUGGUGUCGAUGUAGUCUCGUACACAACCACAUUAUUUUGCCUGCUCUGAAUUCAAAAUCUUUUGUUUGGUCAUAAUAGACAUGCUGAUGGCAAUGAAGUGUUUUGUUCAAUGCAAAGUCUUUAUACUUUAAUGUCAUGAAACGUAACGUAACACUUGAAACCAGCUAUGUGUAUGUCUGUGAUAUGAAGUCAUAUUUCCAUAAUAAAAGUCUGUUGUGGGAUUUAUAAA